AUGACAGACUCUAUCUCAGCGGCUAAACUAGCCAUUUACAUUAUUCUCCUCCAACCUGCUCUGUACUGCCUCUUCAAGCAUGGAAAGACUGGAUUCAUAGGAUGGCUUUACGUCCAGAUAUUCUGCGUACUCAGAAUUGUGACUGGUGGCAUUGGUCUUCAUGAGGCCAACAGUUCAACUGGAUCGAUUAUACUCAACAGUAUUGGCCUCUCUCCUUUGCUGCUGGCCGCUUCUGGGAUCUUGCAUGAGGCUCGUCGUGGAACAAACCCUAGACUGAACAGAAAGCUUGAUAUAAUUCUCGAGAUAAAGUAUCAUGGUCUUGUUGCAGCAGCUAUGGCUCUCAUCAUUGUGUCUGUCGUAGGGUUGCAAAAUGGCGACUCGGUUUCCACCAACAAGACCUUGCUCGAGGUUGCUUCUGCACUCAUUGCUUUAGCAUGGUUUCUGCUGGCGAUCUGGGCUUUAUGGUCCUUUGGAAAGUGUCAGUCAUCUACGAACAACGGUGCAUCUUCCUUUCGCGGCGGGAAGCUGCUCAUGUAUGCAGUCUUUAUCAACCUUCCUCUCCUUGGACUGCGCCUUGCCUAUGGUAUCGCAUACCUCCAGCUCAAGAUAUCACACCCAACUUCAGGUUUCUUGACCUCGAAAGCAGUUCAAGUCUGUCUGAGCGUUGUACCAGAGAUGCUGAUUACGACGAUCUUCCUCUUCGUUGGAGUUAUGACUCGAAAUUUGAAGCAUGAGAUCAAGAAACUAGAUUCUGCUCUUCCAGUUGGCGACGAGUACGAGAUCCAUAGGUGA